UUAUGCUCAGCUGUGCGAUUGCUGUCGGACGCCUAACGCUGAACACUCAAGGCUCUCUAUGUUUCUGUUUAGGUCUUAGGAAUGGAAGUUAUUGAUGCGGUUUGGUUCGUUUUAUCUGUUUGCUUUUUUCUUGCGCUUUGUGUUCACAAUUUCGCUGCCAAAGCCGAUAGAUUUAGUCAGUCUCAGAUUUAUAAUUUAUUUCAAGAUCUUAUCCGGUACGGGAAAACUAAGACCAAUUUACAGCGACCAGCAUUUCUGCAUGCUUUUGAUGUUCCAAAAAGAUGGUUCAUCCACUUUUACACAGUUUCCGUAAUUUGGAAUGGUCUGCUAAUGGUUUUCCUUCUUCAAGCAGUGCUGCUGGGUCAGCAUUUUCCAGAAUGGUUAACUGGCCUUAUGAGAACAUUCAGUGGAGGUUACAUGCAGCUGAGGAAUGGUGACCAAUUGUCAGUUUUACUAGUCCAGAUGCUGCUGUGGCUGCAUUCCUUCAGACGGCUCUUAGAAUGCAUGUUCAUCAGUGUGUUUUCUGAUGGAGUCAUACACGUAGUGCAAUACUUUUUUGGUCUUAGUUAUUACAUCUUACUUGGUUUAACAGUACUCUGCACAUCAUUCCCAAUUGAAUACAAAGGGUUUUCUAUAGAAGAAUUGUUUUCACAAAUACAGUGGAACCACCUUGUUGGAAUUAUGAUAUUUAUAUGGGCCUCCAUUCAUCAACACAUGUGUCAUGUUAUUCUUGCCAAUCUUAGAAAAGGAGAUUCAGGUAAAGUGGUAAACCUGGGUCACAGUAUUCCUCGUGGGGACUGGUUUGAGUUGGUUUCAUGCCCGCACUAUUUUGCAGAGCUCCUAAUUUACAUUUCAUUCAGUGUUACAUUCAGUGGCUGUAAACUGACCUGGUGGCUGGUGGUGCUAUAUGUGCUCUUCAACCAGGCAUUGGCUGCCUUUCUGUGCCAUGAGUUUUACUUUAAAAAGUUUAAAUCUUAUCCAAAGAAACGUAAGGCUUUCAUACCAUUUGUAUUGUAGUUUUUUUUUCCUCAAUCAGAAAUUAAAGAUGUAUUACUUGUGUAUAAUGUUUGUUAAUUUGCUUUAAAUAGAUGAGCAUGUGGAGAUCUGUAUUUUUAAAAUUGUACUUUGUAAAGCUGGCUGCUAAAGUAUGCGUGAACUGUCACAGUCCCCAAGCUUAACCAUUAGAAAAGGACCAGAUCCAGUCUGUAUAAACAGGAAACAAAUAAAUACAAAAAAUAAAUAAAUAAAAACAUAUUCCUAAUCUGACAAACCUUUUAGAAUGUCUACCUUCUAUAAAUAAAAAAGACGACUCCAAAUGUUCAAGGUGUUUAUGGUUAUUGAGGAAACUUAAACAACCUGCCAACUGAGAUCCUACUAUCAGACGUUUCCGUUGUGUCAAAUAUGCCACGUUGCCCAUUGUAAAUAAAACCGUCUUACAAAAAAGGUUAUGUUUGGGAAAGUCUAUUUAGACAGAAUGCGCUUCAGAUGGGAGGUGUUUAAUUUUCUAUCAACCAAUUAUACACUACUAUGGGAAUUAAGUCCAAAAAGGUCAGCUUCCCCCGUUAAAUAGAGAUACAGUAGUAGCAUAUUGCCUUUUUUAAAAAUCCAUCUGUACCUGGCUGCCACAUAAGAAACGUCGACAAAGCUUGAACUAUGCAGACUCCUUAAAGUGUGGUGUUCUGUAUGAACCUGGAAA